UUUAUAUGCUAUAAAAAAAAAUAUAGAAGCUUUCGGUUGCACGUCCCAGAGUUGCACGUGUCAAAAAACUUAAUUGUUUGAUGCAUUUGCAAUUGUUGUAAUUUAUUCACGAUUAAGAUACACAUAGUGAUAUUUUUACAAUAUUUGGUGAAUAGAUAUUAAUUUUGCAAAAGUUUGUUGUGUAUUAAUAAAUACAAUUAUCAAAGAUGUCUGGAAACAAGUGUCGUAAUUGUGGAUCCACAAAUAUUGAGACCGAUCCUGCACGUGGAGAUGCAAUUUGUAUGGAAUGUGGUUUUGUAUUGGAGGACUCAGUUAUUGUUAGUCAACCAACUUUUGAGGAAUCAUCCUCGGGUAAAAUAAUGCCCAAAUACUUUGUCCCUAAUGAUAGCUCAGGUGGUGCUACAAAUUUUGGUGCACGUUAUUUUAAUGAAAAAGAAUCCAGAAAAAACACCAUAGAAAAUGCAAGGAAAGGUAUAAUACAUCUUGGUCUGCAGUUAGGCUUAGACGACAAUGAUAUCAACAUGUCUGUAAAUUUUUAUAAAAUGGCUUUAGAUCGUAAUUUGACACGUGGGAGGAAACAGAUACAUAACCAGGCUGCCUGUGUGUAUAUUACUUGUCGACAUGGAGAUAACACACUUCUACAUCCUAUUAUGCUUAUCGACAUCAGUGAUAUUCUUCAUAUUUGUGUUUAUGAACUUGGACGGACGUAUCUGCGAUUUGCACAAGCUCUUAAUGUCAACAUAGUCUUUGCAGAUCCUUGUUUAUACAUCGAGAAGUUUGCGCAGAAACUUGAUUUUGGCGAUAAAACUGAUGCCGUAGGUAGAACAGCCACCAGAAUACUUCAGAGAAUGAACAAGGACAGUAUUCAUAUUGGUCGUAGACCAUCUGGUCUAUGUGGUGCAGCUUUACUGAUUGCUGCGCGACUGCAUGAAUUUAAUAGAUCAUCUACUGACAUUAUAAAAAUUGUUAAGGUACAUGAAUCUACUCUACGUAAGAGAUUAAUGGAAUUUGGCGAUACACCAUCUAGUGCUUUGACUUUAGAUGAAUUUGAGACAGUGGAUUUAGAAGAGGAAGACCCUCCAGCAUUUAAAGCAGCACGUAAGAAGGAUAGAGAACGUUUACAAAGGUUAGAAAACAUAGACGUGGAAAUAAGCGAACUGCAAGCGGAAAUUGAUAAACAAUUGGAAGAUUAUAGAAUAGGGAAAUCAAGGAAACGAAAGAAUGUAUCUUCUAUAGAGAACGAAGACGCAGAUAGAUUUAUUCAGGAGAGUAAUUUGGACAUAAUCCAACAAUAUGUUGAAAAUCAUGUUGAUGAUCCUGAUGAAAACUUUCGAGAUGGUAUAAUGGAUGAGACUAAUAAAAAUAGUUUACUUAUUACAAAAUUAGGUCCGGAUAUAGCGUCGAUGAUGUUAACGAAUAAUCAUUCAAAUGAAAUAAAAGAAAAAGAUAAUUUGGAAAAUUCUUCUGAAGAAAUUUAUACAAAUGACAUUGAUGACGAGGAAUUAGAUAGCUACAUUCUCUCGGAAAAAGAAUCGCAAUCUAAAUCUGCUCUUUGGAACAAAGUAAACGCUGAUUAUCUCGUUCAGCAAAAGGAAAAAGAAGAAAAGCGUUUAAAGGAGAAAGAAGAAGGUAAAACUGAAAAGAAAAGAAGAAAGACAGUUUCCAGGAAGAACAAAACACCUGCAAAUACUGCUGGCGAAGCAAUUGAAAAAAUGCUGCAAGAAAAAAAGAUAUCCUCUAAGAUAAAUUAUGAAGUGUUAAAAAAUAUAAAUAAUCAACAACAAAACAAUCAAGAGUCACUUACAAAAAAUAUGUCAGAAUUAGACGACGCAAUUGUUAAUAAUCCAGUAAUAACCAAUCCUACACUGAAGACUGCAGAGGUUCCACUAUCGAAAAAAUAUCGCUCUAUUAAACCCAAUACUGAGCAAUUAAAGAAAGCAUGUGAAAUACCAAAGAAAGAGGAUGAAGAAGCUACGAAAAAAGAAAUUAAUUCGGAGGAUGUAAUUACAGCAGAUACGUCCGAAAAUGUUUAUGAUAAUGAUGAUUAUUUCGAUGAAGAAGAACCUGACCCCACGGAAAUAUCACUUGGACAAAUACUUGAAUCUCAUGCUACCUCUGAAGAUGAAUUUUGUGAUCAUAGCUAUGAGUAUGAAUAGAAAUCUACAUAUUUAUAUGGUAUAUUUUAAAUUUAUUUGUUUAACUAGUCAAAAAAUACCUAUAUAUAUUCUUAAUAUACUUCAACUUUAAACACUUAUUAUAAACAUUUUUAAACUCUUCUUAAUAUUAAAUAAAUUUAAACUCUUAUUAA